AUGGGCGACAACAACCAUGCAGCAGCGAGUUGGCAUUUCGUGAAACAAGUUGCAGAAGGGCGAUGGUUUUCAGUAUUCGCAUCGUUUCUGAUCAUGAUCGGCGCCGGUUCAACUUACCUCUUCGGAACAUACUCAAAACUCUUGAAGACCCAAUUCGAUUACGACCAAACCCAAGUUAACACCUUGGGAUUUGCCAAAGAUCUCGGCUCCAACUUCGGAGUUUUCGCCGGACUUCUCGCCGAGGUGGCUCCCUCGUGGGUCCUUUUCCUCGUCGGCUCAUCCCUCAACUUCUUCAGCUACUUCAUGAUUUGGCUCUCCGUCACCCGCCGCAUUGCCAACCCCCAAUUCUGGCACAUGUGCCUCUACAUUUGCUUGGCUGCAAAUUCCCAGAAUUUCGCCAACACUGCAGUCCUCGUCACGAGCGUCAAAAACUUUCCGGAGCGACGGGGGAUCAUCCUGGGGCUCCUCAAGGGCUUCGUCGGGAUCGGAGGCGCCAUCUUGACGCAGAUGUAUUUAGCCAUUUACGGCCACGAAAACCAGGCCAGUGUGAUUCUCCUUCUAGCGUGGUUCCCCUCGGUCAUAUCCUUUGUGUUUGUGCUCUCCAUUCGAACCAUCAAAGUCCGGAAACACCCGGAGGAGCUCAAAGUGUUUUACCAUUUGCUUUAUGUCUCCAUAAUUCUGGCGCUCUAUAUCUUGUUCUUGACCUUAACCCAAAAGCAGGCUGUUUUCUCCCACGCUGGCUACGUGGGUGGCGCCUCCGUGAUUGUGUGCUUGUUGUGUCUCCCCCUUUUGAUUGCCAUUAGAGAAGAAUUCAUGCUGUUCAAUCUCAACAAACAAAACCAGGACGGACACGUCGCUGUUUUGAUCCAUGACCAAAAACCUCCGCCCAAAAGGGCAUUGGAGGAGGACGCUAUAGACAGUGUUUCAAUCAAGCCGGAAAGAGGAGAUGACUUCACCAUCUUUCAAGCUCUCCUCAGUAAAGACAUGGCUCUUCUUUUCAUAGCUACACUUUCAGGAUGUGGCUCGUCUAUUGCCGCCAUUGACAAUAUAGGCCAAAUCGCGGAGUCGCUUCAAUACCCGCCUCACUCCAUAGCAAUUUUCGUCUCCUGGGUCUCCAUAUUCAAUUUCUUCGGCCGCGUCUUCUCCGGCUUCAUCUCCGAAACCCUUAUGGUCAAAUACAAAUUACCUCGCCCUCUCAUGUUCGCCUCCUCCUUUCUCCUUACCUGCAUUGGCCAGCUCUUAAUCGCCUUCCCAUAUCGCGGCUCAGUCUACGCCGCUUCCUUGAUCAUUGGUUUCGGGUUUGGAGCCCAAGUUCCAUUGCUAUUCGCCAUAAUAUCUGAGCUCUUCGGCCUCAAACACUACUCAACGCUCUUCAACUGCGGCCAACUCGCAGUCCCGUUCGGGUCUUAUAUACUAAAUGUGGAUGUAAUAGGCAAGUUGUACGAUAUGGAAGCCAUAAGACAAGGUGGAAAGAAGACUGGCAAGGGACUAACUUGCACUGGAGCUAAUUGCUUUAGUAAUUCCUUCACAAUUUUGGCAGCAGUGACUUUUUUUGGAGCUCUCUCUUCGCUUGUGCUGGCUUAUAGGACUCGAGACUUUUACAAAGGAGAAACGUAUAAGAAAUAUAGAGAAGAUAUGUGGAUUCCUAAAGCAGAUAUGGAAUUCUAUUGUUUGGAUAACAGGAAAGCUGUCAAAUUUGUGGGAAAGCUAAUCACACUGCCUUGA